CCCGUAUCCAGGCACCCUGGUGACCCACAAACACUCCUUCUGUGGUUACUUCUCUUCCUCACCUGGCACAGAGGCGUCAGCAUGAGGGCUCUGUGUGCCAUGGAACAGAUGGGCACAGAGGAGCAGGCAGUCAGUGACAGCACGGCCAGAAAGGGCCUAGGGAAGGAUGCAGCCAGCACAGAGGCUGCAGUCCCUGCACCGGGCAGCGCGGGUCGUGCACAGCAUUGGGCCCCACUCAUCUGCUCCACGGUUGGCCUCAACCAGGAUACCUUCAAAAUUUGCAAGGAGUACUUGAGGCCCUUCAAGAGGUCACUCAGAAAGCUGCACUUGCCCCAGCACCUCUCCAGGAAAAAGAAAGUGAAGUACAUGAAAGAAAGCGUGACCAUAAUCGGGGACCGCAUCGACUUGUUCCUCCAGCAGCACUGCAGAGCCUCAGAGGUCCGGCACUGGAAGAAGAUGCUGUGGAGGUUCACCUCCCUCUUCUCAGAUAAGGAUGAAAAGCAGCUGCAGAAGCUGUAUAAGUACAUCAAGAGAAACAAGAUGCAGAAGUUCCAGCUGUUAUGCUGUCCUUCAGAAGGUGAAGAUUCAGAUCCUGAAAGAAAGCUGAAGGAAACCACUGGGAGCACUUGGGCAGCAGCUGGGGACGCAGUGGAGGUAGCAGCCACACCAACACCCCUCCUCUGCCACCGCCCGGCAGUGAGUGCGACUGCCACACGGUCAGGUUCUCAGACAGCUUCAGACACCAACAGAAAGAAAAACUGGUUUUCACCCAGUACAUAGGGCAGAAAGCAUGGACUGGAGCCUGCCUUCAUGGUUUUCUGAAACUGUGGGAUACUGCAAUACUUGCAGCUCCAUAGCAACAAGCUUUUACCCAAGCAAAAUGAAAAUGCUGUUUAAAACCACGUGAUGUUGUUUAUUAUUAUGCUGGAAUUUCCUAACAGCUGUGCACCAGCAUCAAGUCUCCACUGGGGAUGUGUAAGCAUCACGCCAACCAAUGCUACAUGUUUCCUUUUGUACAAAACUGGGCAAUGGAAGAACCGUGUGCACAGGAGCAGAACGUGCAGCCUCCUUUUGCUGCAGAGGGCAGGAUCUGCUCCACAAUCAUUCCCACACAGAAAGCCCACCCACUGCCAGCAGGGAGGACACACUGAAAGAGGAUCAGAAGAGGUGAAUAUGUGGACUAUACUUUGGUACCAAAAAGUUUCAUAACUUCCACGCACACACACAGAGCUGAGCUUCUCCCAGCUGCUCCAGGCAGAGAACGGCUCGCAGCCCGUGUUGGCAGACCCUGCAGCUGACCCCACUUAUCCCACCUGGGCUGACUGCUGUGGGAAGAAACUCAUCACAAAGCUAAUGCUUCAGGACAGGAAUGAUUAGAAGAGAGUAACAAAGCUGGUUGCUUCAGGCUCUAGAGGUGGCUGCACUUGAUGUCCCCUAGAACGUAGGUUGUAAGGAACAAACACAAUCAGUUUGGCAUGGAAAGCUUUUAGGCCAACCAGUCAAAUCCCCCAAAUCCUUCCCUCCUCAAUGUGUGUGCUGUGCAGGUGAUUCAGCAGCAGAUCACAAAAGGUGUUCCUGAGGUAAUACAGUAUUUCUUUCAGCUAAAAGUGAUGAGCUUUCCCCCAUAGCACAUGCUGCAUAAAAAACAAUCACAAAUGCAGUCGCAUCAGAAAAAUACUGCAUGCCCUCAAAAUGUCACCCUUGCUUAAGGCAAAGCUGAGCAAGAUUAAAGCCUGCCCAAGUCUGGAUUAUUCCAUAGUUUUUCCAGCAGGACUUGAGGGGGCCGAGAAGUGACAGGAGAGCUCUCAAGGAAAACUGAGCAGUGCCAGAAAACGCCUCGCUGAGCUCCCUGCCUGGGUGACAUGGGCAAACAAAGCCGAGAGGAAAGUUCUUGUGCUGCACACAUUGUCUGAAAACCUUCCACGUAAGCAGCAGAACACCUCAGAGUCUGCAGUGUGCUGACACAGGGACUGCUUUCUCCCGCUGUGCCAUGCUAGCAGUCGGCAUGCAGCACUGCUCCCAAACCCAGCUUGCGCAGCCGCACAGCACUCGGCUCACGUUUCUUCACCCGGGCUCUUUGCUCUCUUCUGUUUAAAUGCAGCAUCAGGAAAUUCAUGGAAAUGUUGCACAAUCCUGAGCUUAGCUCAUAAGGAAAGCAAGAUCUGCAUGUGUUUUGUAAUGUGUCACUAUGUAAUGUAGAACCAGCAAAGAGAAAGACAAAAAUCCAUUUCUUUCUCCUAAAAUCACAAACCUGGAAAGGUGCAAACAGAGGCCGCAUGCUGACAGCUCAGGACAGUAAAGCUUGCAUUUUAUGCCACUUUGUUAUUUACCAAACAGACAGACAAAAGAUGUCCAGAAUAAGCAGAACUGGUCCCACAGCAGCCUGCCGUCUGGGACAGGCACUGCAGCACCACAGCCAUCCCCACACCAACGCAGAGACCUGCAGCCAGCACCUCGGAGAACCAACAACAAGCAAACAAAGCAAACAACAAACACCAGUACUUACCUCAAGGCACUUUUAAGGGAGUUGUGGUUGAAUUCCAUCAGCACAGGACACAGUGCUGUACCUGUUGUCAAGGCACUGAUUUUGGCUUCUUAGACUUUGAUUGAACCAACCAGGGAAGGAAGUCAUCACCAGACAGCAGUGUUGACCCAGCCGGGUUCAUUAACUCCCCAAAAUGAGCAGGAUGGCCUCGUGCCUCUGCACCCACCUACUUGGUUUAUGCUCAGCAGUUUGGCUUCAGCACUCCCAGAAUGUCAGCAUUUCCCUGGGGAAAAGGGAAAGAACUGAGAAAGCUGCACAGAGCCUCAGAGGCCUGUGCUUUCCACCUUCCAUCAGCGCGGACAGGAGGCACCGGGCUGUACAACUGCACAGGGCACUGCUGCAGCACUGGUUUCAACCUCAACCUCUGCAGUCAUCCUGCUUUCCAUGGGGUGAACUCGCCAGCAGGGAUUUGUCCAAGCAGGGCAUCCUACGGGGUCGCGCCCAGGCCUGGCUACCUUCAGCCCAUAGUGAGGCCUUCAGCCCACACAGCCCGGUCCGAACCCACAGGCCUUUGUAUUUUGUGCUGAGGACCGCAGCAAGCAGCCAGGUGAGCACAGAGCAGCUGGCAACAAGCUGGUGGGGAAUUCUGCAGUAAGUCUGCAGAAGUGGUCAACAACGCUAUCAACAAGACAAGGUGAGAAGGGAAAAGAACAAAUCUGAGUGAACUGCGGCACCUCCCCUGGUGCAGUCACUCUAACAGAGCUCACCCCUGGAAGCCAGGCACAAGGAAGCAGCCACAGCCACCAUCUCUCCCGCUGAAGAGAUUUUAGAUUAAACCUGGUGGGAGGUUCACAACCCUCUCCCUCUUGCUACUAUCAAGAGCUAACGGUGUUUCUGCACAAACGUUACCCUGUUGACACGGCACAGUCUGAACUGCUGAACAGUAAGUACAACUUCUUAAUGCUUUUGGGAGUGCGCCGUCUGUGGAAGAACAGUAAUGGUGAACAGCUCAGAGGAAACACAAACAGACCUGCUGCUGGCUGCGCAGGCAUUAGCACAGGCAUCCCAGAGGGCACAUUCAGAACAAGGCAGCUGCUCUCCUUGUGUUCCCUCGCUGCUGUUGGGCAGAGGCAGUGCCAGCUCAGUUCCCACUUCAC